UUGGGCGCGAACAGUUCGACUUUUUGGGUUAAGUGAUGACAGCCAAGACAGUGGCUAAAACAAUAAUUCAGUGAAAAGAAGACACACACGGAUAAUUUGAAGAAAUCAACAAAAGUAAUAUUAUUGCAAAGAAGAAGCUAAAGGGAAACGUUUAAAAGUAAACUGUGUAGAAUUGGUGUGUUCAAGGUGCUUGUAGGCAUAUAUGGCUUGAACACUUCAGGCCUACGUGAUCGGGUGUUUCACUUUCGAAGAAUUCUUCUAGUGAAAUUUGUACAUUUGUGUGAUUCGCGUGAAAUCGCGCUGCAAGUGGUGUCGCCGUAGUCGAAGUUGCACUAAUAGCUAGUGUGCUAAGAGCGAUUAGGAAGAGUAAUUGGCAUUUUGCGAUAGUGUUUUCUAUACUUUCUGGAAGUAUUGACACCAUCGCCAUUGACGGGUUCAACGUUUUGUGCUUCAUUCAUUGCUUUACUUAAAUACAACGAUCGCAGUGUCGUCUGCACUACUUGACGCUGUGGCAUCUUCGGUAUCCAUAGGAUCAUCACUCAACAGCGCAGUGAUCGAACGCGAUAAAUUAUUUUGUACCAUAUACAAUACAAGCAGCCGGGAGAAACAAGAUUAUAUUGACCAAGAGGCGCUGCCAAACACACAAAAUACAAUCAACUACCGGCAAUAAUAACCGCAGAAUCGACAACAACAACAACAACGACAAAAACAACAACCGUUUAACACGAAACAGAAAGCAAACAAGAAAUUCAGCUGCCACAACAAAAGUAACAGCAGCAAAAACAACAACGACGGCAACAUGACAUGCUGGAAACAAGUGCGCUGCGAUCUCGCGCAACAACAACGACAAGACACCGCUGCAGAGUGCAUCACCGGCAGCAACAAGCACGGUGUGGCAGCAAACAUGAAUGGCACCAACGGCAAUUGCAGCUGCCAUAAACAAAGCCGUUGCAACAGGUUAACCUGUUAUCGCAAUGGCAGCAGUAGUGGCAGCAAUCAUCGCCAAGCUUUGCCACUGUUCAUCACAAUCGCCGUUCUGGCGCUGGCAACGACACCUAUCAAAGCAGCUGUUUUAAAGCGAUCUAUAGUAGAGACAACAACCGACAUGAAUUUCACCAUUCUAAAUACACCACAGGAAGCCGCAGUUGAAAGUUAUACCACCACAGUUAAUACACCACUUUUAGUCGACAAUCAAACCGCAGUUCUUGAUGGUCAGCACAAUAUAACCGUUGCUAUAGCUGUCAAUGAAACGGAAGCGUCAACAGUCAACAGCGGUACUGUACGGCACGACAAUCCUAUAGUGGCUUUGAAUACGCCACAAGAUGUUAACAAUGAAAUCGCGCAAGUUGUCAGCGAAGAGGCAGCGACAGAUCUACGCGUAAAUCCAAAAUUCGAUUAUGCCGAAACUGUGCUUGACGAAAAUCUAGAGGAUUCCAUACGCAAUUCUGUGCGCAACGAAAUCGAAUUUGAACAGGACAUUGUGGCUGCCCAGGUUCAACACCUACAAAAUGUAACGGAUGAGGAGGUGCGUCGCAAACUACGCGACGAAGUAAAGUUAAUACAAAGCGCGCUACAGGAGAGUAGCACCAAAUCCAGUGCCGCGAUCGAUGUACUAGCAGAGUUAACAUCCACUUCCCCAGAAAGUACAACACCUGGGCAUUCAAAAUCGGCGAAUAAUGACCUCUCAGUAUUGUUCCCCCUACAAGCCGAAGAGGCAGUUUCAACAGUUCAGUCUUUUGAGGACAAUCAACGAGGUGCCAGAACUCUAAAUGUUAAUGGUGACGCAAACGCGGGAAUUUUAAAUGCCAGCGGCGAAACGAACAUACAGUUAUCUGGAGAUGAAGGCAUGCAAAAUAUUGAAGAAGACAAAGUUGAAGCUCAAGAGGGAUUACUAUCUGCAGAUAAGAGCUCAUUACAAACCAAAUUUAAUCGUAUAUCUGAGUCUGCGCUUUACUCACACGAAGCAAAUGAAAUCGAUGAAGAAGGUGUAAAAGAACAAAAGGAGUUCAGCAAUGGAUCGGACCAACAAAUAAAGGAAGAUAAUACAGAGCCAGAAGACAAAAAUACCAAAGUUUCAACCGAAGUGCACCCAGUCAGUGUCGAAGAGAAUAGCAUAAUUAAUGAAGAUAGUCACGAGUCAGUUAAGAGCCAUGAAGCAUCAUCAUCAAGCAUUUUGAAUGAAAAGGAGAAUACAAGCCGAGAUCCAGCAAAUAUAGAAAAUGAAAAUGCCAGCGAUGAAACAAUAGAAAAAAGUUUUCAUCCAGCGGCUCUGGAUGAAACUGAGAUAACGCCUGUAGUCGCGGAUGAAGCAUCCUUAUCUAUAGUUUUGAACGAAAAUCUUACCGCUACUGAGCCUUCUAUAGUCUUGGCUGAAGAUCUGCCAGUAGAUCUGUUACACUUAGACGAAAGCGAUGGUCUAGCCAACGAGGAAGUUGCCACGACUGUUGAGCCCGAGGGUGUGAAAAGUGUGCAUGUUGUUAUUAAGAAGCAAGGUGUUGAAUUAGACGAGGAACCAAUGGAAGAGGCAACAGACAGUGUGGACAUAGUUAGAGAAGAGCUCUUGGAGGAGGAAGAAACCACAACAAAGCCCGCUGUAACUUUGGUAAACGAUGUAGACGAUGAAAAUGAACAAAGUGUACAGAAUGAUGAUGCGGCAAAGGAAUCAAGUUUAGAGUUAGAAGAUAAUGUCAGCGAGCAGGCUGUUUUGGAACCUGUAGAGAACCCGACUGGACAUGUUGAAGAAAAUACACAAAAUAAUACUGAAGAUGACAAACUUGACGAGGACAAUAAUAGUAUUGACGAGAUAGAACAAGAAGCUCAAGAAUCGGAAAAUAAAAGUAACCCAACAACUAGCGAAGAGAGCACACAGUCUGACGACAAAGAGAAUACUCUCAACGGUAUACAACACUUGACAGAAAUAAACAAUGGUAUUGAAAGUCAAACGGAAAAGUCAACUACAAAAGAAGAUGCUCAAAUUUUAAGCAUUGAUAAACACACAGAAGAAACGAUUCUGCAAGAAACAGAGCCAGACAACGAAAUUACGGAAAGUGGUUCAACCACGGAGUCAAUCAUUUUACAAGAAACCGUGGAGGAUGAAAUAAAUUUGCAAAAGAGUAUAACCCUUAAGCAAUCGGAGCGAAAGCAUGUUUCACUCCUGAGCACAACAUACAUACCAAACGGUGGGCUCUCGCCGACCGCCACCAGCACAACUGAGGGACAGUCGACGACGCUGAAAGAUAGUCAAGUAAACGAUGAAGACGACAAUAGCACUGAUGAUCCAGACAUUGUGCCGCUUCUGGUGGGUGUGAGUGCCGGACAUGGUGAAGUCACCGCCUCGACGAAAGGUUCACGUUCGAUCAACACACAGACACAUCACACAAUGUUGUUGACACAGUUGGACGAUACAAUGGCGGCGACCCUCUUCGAAACCUUUCCACCACACAACGCCGGACGCACGUUAAAUGAUCACAUGGCCGCUGAAAGUAAUGGCGGCAUUGGUAAACCUUUGCCUACACGCAGCAUAAAUGAUGUGACAUCGGCUUCAGUCUUCAGUCGCUCCGGUCUAAUAAUUGUGAUUUGCUCCAGCAUAGCGCUCAUGUUCCUGCUCGUCUCGGUGGUGGCUUUCUUCAUCUCCUUCCAAAGACAGCAUGGCACUUUGGAUAUUGAAAUGCAGGAGCAACGCUGUGGCAAAGACGAUCUCGAUGAGGAGGACGAGGAGGCGGGCACAUGCACGAAGUUGCUGGAAAUCGAGUUGCCCAAGUCAACGAUAGUGGCUGCGUCAUGCGAGGAGUUGGAGGAAUGCUUGUAGGGCAUAUGAGAUCUAAAUUGCUCCAGAGAGAGAGAGAGAGGGAGAGAACGCAGUGUUACGUGGCACUUAUUGUAAAUAAAGGAAUGCAGAGACUUUACACACACA